AUGCGUCUGUACUUGAUUCUGUCAGCAUCGAUGGUCAUCAGCUAUUUUGUGACCUGUAACGCGGCUACGAGUUCCGAUCAGACCAAGCUCUCGAGAAUGGAGCCAUCACUCCUCGUCCACUCACUCGGUGCAGCACUGAACGUCGAUGCCGUCGACAGAAGAUUUCUUCGAGAGCGAAAAGAAAGUAUGGAAGAGCGAGGAUAUCAUCUGACGCUAAAAGGGGAAGUAAAAGCAUUGGCCAAGAAAAUCAUUGCAGAUUUCGACACGGCCGACGACGUGUACAAGAAGUGGAAUGAGAACGGCCACUCGUUGAACAAAAUCGCGAACUUGCUGAAAGUGUCGGAAAAGGAAAAAUACGUACCGGUGUACAACGGCUAUCUGGCCUACCUGAACAGGAUAAAUAGCUGA